AUGGCACCUCCAUUGAGCCAUUUAUACCCACAAUUACGAAUACAUCAAAUAUUCGGAGCGAAUACGGAUGUUGGUAAAACAAUUUUCACAACGGCUUUAGCAUUGGCAAGUGCUGCACUACCGAUAGGGAGCAAGAAUGGAAAAAUUGAAAGAGACAAACAAGGAAGUCUCAAUAUCAAAGAAGAUGGAGAAGCAGUUCAUUAUAUCAAGCCGAUAUCAACUGGACCAUUGCGUGAUUCGGAUAGUCUGCAUAUAGCACGAUAUUUACCCUCAGUAAACGCACACACUCUUUUUCAAUUCAAUGAUCCCGUUUCACCACAUGUAGCUGCUGCUAGGUUCAAAGCUCAAGAUCAAAGUCAGCAAAAUUUGGACGUAUCUGAUGAAGCAGUCGUUCAUGCACUGUCCAACAAAAUUUCCAGCUUUACACAAGCUGCUUUAAGACCGGCAGCUGCAUACAUUGAGACAGCGGGCGGAGUACAUAGUCCUGCUCCUUCUGGCUCUUCAAUUUCACAGCUAUUGCGACCUUUACGUAUGCCAACAAUAUUAAUCGGUGAUUCUAAUUUGGGAGGUAUUUCAACAACAAAAUCAGCAUAUGAUUCUCUGCUCAUGGCAGGAUACGAUAUCGAAGCACUUUUAUUGUUCAGCGAUGCAGGAAGAGGGUGGGGAAAUGCUGACUAUUUAACAAAAUGGGGUCAAGAGAUUGGACUACCUGUUUGGGCUUUGUCCGGCCCAUCUUCUAGCUCAGUAUGGGGUCUACCGCCUGCUAGAGAGGGUAGCGAUGAAGAAGAUGCUAGACGUAUGCAAGAGUAUUAUGCCGGUUUGGUAGCCGGAAGGGGAGAGGCAGCCGAAAGUGACGAAAGCUCAUUGGGAGCUGCACCGAUCAUAGAACAUCUUCGUAACAAGCACGAAAAGAGGCUAAGAGACAUUGGAAGUUUGGCAAAGCGAACGAGAGACACAUGCUGGUGGCCAUUCACGCAGCAUAUGCUAGCAAAAAGUGAUAAAGAUGUCAAUGUGAUCGAUAGCGCUUAUGGCGAUUUCUUCACUGUGCUGAAUCAAUCUAGCGAAGAUGCCUCAGCUCAUGGAUCCGCCUCACUAUUGCGUCCUUUGUUGGAUGGCUCUGCAUCAUGGUGGACUCAAUGCUUGGGUCAUGCAGAUCCAGGCCUUACAAGAGCAGCCGCCCGUGCUGCAGGAAGAUAUGGUCAUGUCUUGUUCCCAAUGUGUGCAAAUGAACCUUCUCUGCAACUCAGUGAAACGCUGGUAGGAAAGAACCCAUCUGACGUUAUUGGUACUUCUCCAGGAGCAGGUUGGGCUUCUCGAGUUUUCUUUAGCGAUGAUGGCAGUACGGGAAUGGAAGUGGCUUUGAAGAUGGCUAUUUCUUCCGCUGCAAGUAGAUAUGCACCAAGAGCAGAAUCGCAAUUGGCUAAAGAUAAGGUUCAACAAGGUCGUUUGCCAGGCAAUCAGAGCGGACGUCCACCACGGGAAUGGAUGGUGCUCGGUCUGAAGGGAAGCUAUCAUGGUGACACAAUUGGUGCAAUGGAUGCAUGUGAAGGCAAUAUCUUCAAUGAGAAAGUGGAAUGGUAUCGUGGCAGAGGUUCAUGGUUCGAGCCUCCAACGGUGAGCAUCAAGGAUGGUCAAGCAAUAGUGGAAUUGCCAUUGCAUGACUCUGAUUGGCAGCGAUUGUCCAGCAAAGUGGCUGCAAAGAAGGAUUUCAAGAGUGUAAGCGACAUUUACAAUGUAUCUGAUCGAAUGAACAGUGAUGAACUCAAAAACAUCUACUCAGACCUCAUUUACGGCUGGUUGGAUCAUCUGACAAGAAUGGAAGGCAAUCGAUACGGCGCAUUGAUCUUGGAACCGCUCAUCAUGGGUGCAGGCGGAAUGAUUUGCGUUGACCCUCUAUUCCAGCGUUGCUUCGUUGAUGUGAUCAGAGCAAACCCGGAUUUGUUCAGUCAACUUGAUCCACCGCUCCGAGGUACAUCUCAUAUCCGUGAAUCAGACGUACCCGAAUCGGGCAAUUGGAAAGGUUUACCGAUCAUCUUUGACGAAGUUUUUACGGGAUUGUACAGGCUAGGCUACAGUACACCCGCUCAAGCAAUCGGUGUCAAUCCUGACAUUUCCGUUCUGGCAAAGAUUUUAACAGGUGGAAUGGUACCUAUGAGUGUCACUUUGGCAUCUGAUAGUAUCUUUUCAACAUUUGCCAAAUCUGAUCAAAAGAUUGACGCUCUUUUACACGGACAUAGCUAUACUGCUCACCCGAUCGGGUGUGAAAUCGCAAAUGAAGCUUUGCGGAGGAUUGAAAAGAUGCAAAUCGACAAUGUUUGGGCAGAUGCCAAAGCAGAUUGGAGAACAAGUACGUCUACUUCGCGGGAGGACGACAAGGCUCCUUCUCCUUGGAGCUUAUGGAGUAGGGAAGCGAUUGAAACAUUCUCCAAAAGUGCAAAUGUGGAAAGCGCAAUGGCUUUGGGAACAGUGAUGAUUUUGAAUCUAAGUGACAAUGCUGGAGAGAAAGGCUAUUCUUCUUCUGCCGCUGUGGACAUUCUACAACACCUACGAACAACUCAAGACACAGGUCUGGGCAAGCACGUCUCUUUUAACAUCCAUGCUCGUCCAUUAGGAAAUGUAGUGUAUGUCAUGUGCAGUCUUAACACACCGACGGACGUGCUCCGGGAGACGGAAUCUGCUCUUAAACAUGUAUUGAAAGUGUAA